CCUCCAUGGUUUCUCCUCUCGCCGACUAACUUAGCGUUUGGUUCAGUUCAUUAUACAGUCCCAUAUUCUCCCUCCAUUAGGGCAUCUCUCUGCCUUUGGACUGACAUUUACACCAAAACCCCAGAGAGAAAAGUUUAACUUUCAUAGGGCAAGAUGAAUAUGAAAAAGAGGAUCCACUUGGAACUAAGAAACAGGACACCGUCUGAUGUACAAGAACUUGUUCUUGACAACUGUCGUUCAAAUGAUGGAAAAACAGAAGGCCUCACAGCAGAGUUUGUCAACUUGGAGUUCCUCAGUUUGAUAAAUGUCGGUUUACUGUCUGUCUCCAACUUGCCCAAACUAGGAAAACUGAAAAAGCUGGAGCUGAGUGACAACAGAAUCAGCGGUGACCUCGACGUUUUAGCAGAGAAACUCCCCAACCUUACACAUCUAAAUCUAAGUGGAAACAAGCUUAAAGACAUCAGCACGUUGGAACCCUUGAAAAAGCUUGGAAACCUGAAGAGCUUGGACCUAUUCAACUGUGAAGUGACGAACCUGAGUGACUAUAGGGAUUGCGUGUUCAAGCUCCUGCCCCAGCUCACCUACCUGGACGGAUACGACAUGGAUGACCACGAGGCCUCAGACUCUGACGGAGAGGUGGUCGACGACGACGAUGACGACGACGAAGAGGGGGAGGAUGAGGAAGACGGAGAGGAGGAGGACUUUGACGAGGAUGACGAUGAUGAUGAGGAGGAGGUAGAAGGAGAGGACGAUGACGAGAGUGGUGCGGAGGAUGAGGAGGAGGACAUCGGGCAGGAAGGUGAAGUGGAUGAUGACGAUGAUGACGAUGAUGACGACGAAGAUGCAACAGCAGCAACAUUAGCAGCAGUAGAAGCCACAAAGGGCGAGAAGAGAAAGCGAGAUCCAGAGGAUGAAGAUGACGACGACGACGACGAUGACGAUGAUGACGAUUAGGAGGAAAAACAAAUUAAACGAUCCUACCGAGUUACCAACCCCUCUCCCCCCUCCCCUUCCAGACUCCCUUUGAACCCCAACCCACCUUAAUUCACACGGUCCGUUCUGCAAUACCAACACCACCCCACCCGUCGCCUCUUCCUGCACCCCCCCUAGCUCUGAGCUCCUGAUUGGAGCAAGACUGUAUAGGAUUGGUGGACCUAGUGGAGAUACUCUACCCCUACCCCCCCUACCUUAACCCAUGGAUCAGAGAGCCACCCUGCCCCGCCCUUCUCCCCCCCCCCCCCCAAGGUUCUCAGGCAGCCCCCACCCCACUCUGCAUUCCUCAAUUUCACUGUCGACUCCUCUUUGUGUAUCUCCGUGUGAGGACUUUGGGACUGGUAUCUAGUUUUGGGUCUGUGCUUUUAAUAAUUUGUUAAAUAUUUUGUUAUUUCUCUUCCUUUUGUCUUUCUUUUCUCCUUUGUUUAUUUUUUUCCCCCUACCUUCCCCCAAUAAGAUUAUUGCUAUAGCAACUGUGCAACAAGCCAGCCAUGUUUUUUUUGUGUGUGCGUGGCUGGUUGUUGCAUAAAUCAAGGUUGUAGCUACAUUUUUACUUUCUGUAUGACAAACAACUUUGUAAAUAAAAUGUUAACAUUUUGCUCUUUUC